GCGAGGGCGGAGAAGAGGGAGCAGCAGCUUCUCCGAGCUCGGCUGCCGCCGCCAUUUUGUUUGUGUGCGCAGGGCGGACGCGGGGCUCGCUCGCCUGGGGUUUUUUCAGCUUUGUGCAUGUACCUGUUUGAACAUAGAGUUCCUGCCUAUAGCAUCCAGCAACGGAAGCUGUGUGAGAUGCGGCAUUCAAAGCAAUCUCAUUGUCCUGAAUGGGAGGACAGGAAGAGCUGGGAUGAAAGAAAGCACAGCAGCAGCAGCCGCAAACGCAGGAAGAGGUCCCAGAGCAGUGGACGAGAAAGCAAGCACUAUAAACCAAAUCACAUUUCAGAAAGUCAUUAUUUGGACGAUAGAGCCAUAAAUGAAAGAGACCAUCAUGACCGGAGAUAUGUUGAGGAAUACAGAAAUGACUUCUGUGAAGUAUAUGACCACAGGCAUUAUCACAGAGACUAUGAAAAGAGUCACCAUCAUCACUAUAGCAAAUCCUCUGGUCGGAGCAGGAAAAGUAGUCAUAAAAGGAAGCAUAAGAGACAUCAUUGCUCCAGUCACCAAUCGCAUUCGAAGAGUCACCGAAGGAAAAGAUCCAGGAGUGUAGAGGAUGAUGAGGAGGGUCACCUGAUCUGUGAAAGUGGAGACGUUCUAAGAGCAAGAUAUGAAAUUGUUGCCACUUUAGGAGAAGGAGCUUUUGGAAAAGUGGUGGAAUGCAUUGAUCAUGAUAUGAGAGGAAUGCAUGUAGCAGUUAAAAUUGUGAAAAACGUUGGUAGAUACCGGGAAGCAGCCCGUUCUGAAAUACAGGUGUUGGAACACUUAAACACCAUGGAUCCAAGCAGCACUUUCCGCUGUGUCCAGAUGCUGGAGUGGUUUGAUCAUCAUGGCCACGUUUGCAUUGUUUUUGAGCUACUGGGACUUAGUACUUAUGACUUCAUUAAGGAGAACAGCUUUCUACCAUUUCAUAUCAAUGACAUUAGAAAUAUGGCUUAUCAAAUUUGCCAGUCUAUAAACUUUUUACACCAUAAUAAACUAACUCAUACAGAUUUAAAGCCUGAAAAUAUCUUGUUUGUGGAGUCUGACUACAUAGUGAAGUACAAUGCCAAAAUGAAGCGAGAUGAACGUACCUUAAAAAACACAGACAUCAAAGUCGUUGAUUUUGGAAGUGCAACUUUUGAUGAUGAGCAUCACAGCACACUAGUGUCUACGAGACAUUAUCGAGCUCCUGAGGUUAUUUUAGCACUGGGAUGGUCACAGCCUUGUGAUGUUUGGAGUAUUGGUUGUAUUCUAAUUGAGUAUUACCUUGGAUUUACAGUGUUUCAGACACAUGAUAGUAAAGAACACUUGGCCAUGAUGGAAAGAAUACUAGGGCCUCUGCCAGCUCACAUGAUCAAGAAAUCCAGAAAACACUAUUUUCACCACGACCAACUGGACUGGGAUGAGCACAGCUCUGCAGGGCGAUAUGUUAGGAGACGCUGUAAGCCUUUAAAGGAAUUCAUGCAUUGCCAAGACACAGAUCAUCAGAAUCUGUUUGACCUUGUUCGCAGGAUGCUGGAAUAUGAUCCAGCCAAAAGAAUUACUCUUGAUGAAGCCUUGCAGCAUCCUUUUUUUGAGCCAUUAAGCAAAUGAACACAUUCAAAGACCCUUUUAUGCUUCUUCAAGGAGAUUUCCUAGACUGUGUCAGUCAACAGAGGUUGCAUGAAGCUUUUGUAAACUUUAAAUUAUUUUGUACAGUUAAGUCUGUAAAUAUUUACAUAUGUUUUGUAUAACUGUUAUGGUUACCUCGUUGAGCAGUUGUAGUCUUAUGAGUAUCAAAGUGAAAAAUAAAAAGUAAUUUUCAUUUUUUGAAA